UAUUGAUCGUCUGCAGAAACGAGGCUAAAUCCACUUCCGGGUUAAAAAAAACUUGUGAUUUUGACAAAUUUUGUAAUUAGGACAAGAUAACAAUGUAAUCUUAAGUCUAAUUAAGUUCUCGUUAGAGACCAUUUUCACACGCUGAGUCGUUAGACAAUGUCAACAUACGACUCUAACUUAUCACCACCCUUUGACGACUCUGUUCAAUUGUCCGAUAUGCAAGUUGAUGUUUCCGAUGAUCUUCCUAUUGUAGCCAAUGGCGAAAGAAAUGUGCCCACUGCGACAGAUGUGCCUGAAGUGACAAUGAUCUCGAAUGCUGAAGGUCAGAUAUCCAAGAAGCGUGGAUAUGCUAUUGUGGCCAUUUUGUUCUUCAUAAAUCUUCUGAACUACAUGGACAGAUUUACCAUAGCAGGUGUAUUAAAAUCUAUUCAAAAUUAUUAUGAUAUAACUAACUCAGAAGAUGGACUACUGCAGACAUCAUUUAUAUCAUUCUACAUGGUUUUUUCUCCAAUAUUUGGAUACAUGGGGGAUAGAUACACUAGAAAAAUAAUCAUGGCAUGUGGUAUAACUUUCUGGGCUGGUGUGACUUUGGCAGGAAGUUUUAUACCAAGAGAUUCAUUUUGGGCAUUUAUCUUGCUGAGAGGACUAGUGGGAGUUGGUGAAGCAAGCUAUUCAACUAUUGCUCCUACAAUUAUUGCAGAUCUGUUUAGCAAAGAUACAAGAACUAGAAUGUUGAUGAUCUUCUAUUUUGCAAUACCGGUUGGCAGCGGCCUUGGUUACAUUGUUGGAGCUAAUGUUGCUGAAGCUUUUGGAGCAUGGCAGUAUGCACUCAGGGUAACCCCUGUGCUAGGAAUAAUAUGUGUUGUGUUGAUCUUGUUUGUUGUAAAGGAACCAGUGCGGGGGGCAGCUGACGGAGGGGAGCAUCUUCACAAUACAUCAUUCUUCACAGAUCUGAAGGAACUCGUUAAAAAUAAAAGCUUCAUGUUGUCAUCAUUUGGGUUCACUUGUGUGGCAUUUACAACAGGAGCCCUUGCUCUAUGGGCUCCAAUCUUCAUGCAGGACUCUAUAACAAUCCAGGGCAAUUUGACAUCAGAAUCAAGUGUUGCAUUGACAUUUGGUAUCAUCACAGUGGUAGCAGGAUUUCUGGGUGUUGGAAUUGGGGCAGAGUCGUCACGGAGAUACAAGAAAAUAAAUCCACGAGCUGACCCAUUGAUAUGUGCCCUAGGUCUUCUUGUGUGUACCCCAUUCCUGUAUUUUGCUCUAGUCCUGUCCAGAUACAAUACCACAGCUACUUGGAUCUUAAUAUUUUUAGGAGAAACUGCUUUAUGUUUAAACUGGGCAAUUAUAGCAGAUAUUUUAUUGUAUACAGUAAUUCCUACACGAAGAUCAGCAGCAGAAUCUGUACAAAUACUCAUGUCACAUUUACUUGGUGAUGCUGGAAGUCCAUACCUUAUUGGUGUGGUGACUGAUAUUUUCUCAAAAAAUUUUGAGGGCAACCCAAAGAGUCCUUCCAUUCAGUAUGUAGCGUUACAACAGUCUCUAUAUAUCACAACGUUUGUCUGCGUACUGGGUGGUGCGUUCUUCCUCGCCACAGCCAUGUUCAUUGUCCAGGAUAAAAAGAAGGCAGAGAGACAAGUAAAGGGUUUACCGGCAGAGGAGGAUCGGGAGUCGGAUGACGAGCCGUUAAUUAUAGAAUAUAGCGAGGAUGACUUACAUCCUAUAGUAUAGCGAAAACUCAACCAACUGUGAUACAUAAACAAAGGUAGCCAUGGCAACAGGGGAAGAGAACCAAGGAUAUGAUGAGUUUGUGAACAAAGAAGUAAACAUACCUGCAGAAAGAACUCCUAUAAAAUCAUGAUUUAUAGGAUUCAGUCAGUGCUAGAUUUUUGGAAGUUCAGACAGCAUAUCCUGUAGGAUUUAAGGAGUUCAGACUUAGAUUCUGAAAUACAAUUUUAUAGCAUCACCUUUGUUUCUGCCUAGAAAUUCAUUUCUAGUUCUGAUCAUACCUGGUAGAAAUUUAAAAAUUACGUUCUAAAACUUCUCUUUUCCAUUUACAUUGUACUAGGUAUUCUGUCUGCUGUGAUAAGAUAUUAUUGCAGAUUUAAAUGUUUGCAUUUUUAAGUCUGUCUUGCGUUAAGAUUUCGUGAAAGGCAGGAUUAUAUCUGAAAGUUACAGUUUGUUAACUGUAUUUCUACAUUAGGACAAUUUGCACAAACAUGAGGUGAUAACAAACAAGCAAAGGCAUGUUAGACACAAUUCUAUUUAUUUGACAACCAUCCAUGUACAGUUGCAAUAAAUCUACCAUUUUUUUUGCCUGUUGAAGAUGAUACACAUUUCAGAUACGGGAUUUGAGGUUAUAGAAUAAAGUUUGAGACCAGUCUGAAAGCACAAGCCUCUGAUUGGUUGAUUUUGAACUCAGAUUUGAAACUGACCAAUGAAAAGAGUGCAUUCUUAGACUGGCUUCAACCUCAGUUUUAUUACCGUAUCCAUAGACCUAUGACUGUUUGAGGGAAGAUAUGAAACAGGUUUCACUAUAGUGUACUAUAAUGCCUUGAGUAACAGUCUGGUGGGAUUAAUUGAUAAGUAUGUAUGCUUCAAGGUAAUGGAUACAUGUAUAUGGAAAAGCUUUUCACAAUAAGCAUUUGCUCAAAUUAUUAUUAUCGAAUUCAGAGGCACAUUGUACAUAAAUAUUGACUAGGUCUCCUGUAGGGGGAGAUGUGUUAUUUUGUCUUGUCAGGUUGUCUGUCUGAGCAUAAAAGCAUAUGAGCCGUGCCAUGAGAAAACCAACAUAUUGGCUUUGCGACCAGCAUGGAUCCAGACCAGCCUGCGCAUCUGCGCAGUCUGGUCAGGAUCCAUGCUGUCGCUAACGGGUUCUCUAAUUGCAAAAGGCUUUGAAAGCGAACAGCAUGGAUCUGGAUCCAUGCUGGUCGCAAACCCACUGUGUUGGUUUUCUCCUGGCACGGCUCAUAUAUAAGUGCAUCUUCUACACUACUGUAUUGAUUUUAACCCCUAGCCUGCUGGCAGCAUGUGAGUCUGCCUUUGUGACCAGUGCAGACCAAAGAUCAGCAGGGACAUGCAGGCUGAUCAUGAUCUGCACUAUUCGCUCCAGUCUUUUAAUAAUAAAUGGUACUGCCCAUAUUGAAUGAUGGAACAGUCCAUUUUAGAAUAAUUCACAUAUUUAAAACUGCCCAUGCAGGUUUUUCAAUGUGUCUUUCUGUAAUUUUUGACGUUUAUUUCCACAUUCUGGUACAGUAAAACAUUAAUCGCUCAUGGUUGCUAUAGGAGUGUGAGCAGGUCCAGGCUUUUGAGCUGUCCGAACAUAGAAAAUGUAAGGAAUGGUAGAUGACUUACAUUGAUCGCUAAGGUCAAUCAUGGCGCUAGAGAAUUGAGUGCUCAAGCAAGAUAUGUUCUAUUUUACUUAACUCUAGCCUGCUAAAUUUCUAAAAUGGACUGGACCAUCAUUAAGUUUGUGGACAAUACCAUUUAUUAUUGUACCCCCCGCAACAAAGUUGUAAGGGGGGGUAUACUGGUUUCAGGUUGUCUGUCUGUCCGUCUGUCCGUAGACGCAAUCUUGUACGCACCAUCUCUCCUUAUCCCCUUGACACAAUUUAAUGAAACUUCACACAAGUGAUCAGUACCAACAGUAGUUGUGCAUGGGGCAUGUUAGGUUCUUUUAGAAAAAAAAAUUGCAGAGUUAUGGGACUUUGUUUUUUUGUUACUAUACUAUAUACACAGACACAAUCUUGUGCGCACCAUCUCUCCUCAUCCCCUUGACACAAUUUAAUGAAACUUCACACAAGUGAUCAGUAACAACAGUAGUUAUGCAUGGGGCAUGUUAGGUUCUUUCAGAAAAAAAAUUGCAGAGUUAUGGGACUUUGUUUUUUUGUUACUAUACUAUAUACAUAGACACAAUCUUGUGCGCAUCAUCUCUCCUCAUCCCCUUGACACAAUUUAAUGAAACUUCACACAAGUGAUCAGUAACAACAGUAGUUAUGCAUGGGGCAUGUUAGGUUCUUUCAGAAAAAAAAUUGCAGAGUUAUGGGACUUUGUUUUUUUGUUACUAUACUAUAUACAUAGACACAAUCUUGUGCGCACCAUCUCUCCUCAUCCCCUUGACACAAUUUAAUGAAACUUCACACAAGUGAUCAGUAACAACAGUAGUUGUGCAUGGGGCAUGUUAGGUUCUUUCAGCGACAAAAAUUGCAGAGUUAUGGGAUUUUGUUUCUUUUUAACAUACUAUGUACAUACAGUCUGCAUAUGCAAUCUUGUGCGUGCCUAAUCUACCAAACCCUUACACACAAUUUAAUGAAACUUCACACAAGUGAUCAGUACCAACCCUAGUUGUGCAUGGUGCAUGUUACAUUCUUUUAGAUAAAUAUUCUGCAUAGUUAUGGGACUUUGUUUUUUGUUACUAUACUGUAUACAUACAGUCUAUAUACAUACAGUCCACAUAAUUAUGCAAUCUUGUGUGCGUCAAAUUGCAAUGUACUGUGUCAGUGCAUGCGGGGGGUACAUUCAUCACCUUUAGUGAUAGCUCUAGUUAGAAGGGGUGUUCUUGAAAAAAAUGCAGACUGGAUAGCGAACAGAGACCAUGAUGAGCCUGCACUAAAUACAGAGGUACAUGAUAAUACAUGUAUUCGUGACUGCACAGCUGAUCUUGGUCUGCACAGGUUGAUCUUAAUCUGCCAUGGUCACAAAGGCAGGAUCAUUUGUUGCCAGAAGGCUAAGGGUUAGAAACCAUGUCUUAUUCAUAUAUAAUGCAGGGGUUGACAUUUGUUUUUACUGAAAACAUCUUUUUCGUUUGUACAGAUUGGAAAUUUUAUUUUUGUGCUGUCAUUUCCACUGAAUGCCAAAUCACUGUUUUGUCUCUGUAUAUGUGUGUUAUGGAAGUUAUGUCAUGAAAAAUAUCAUUUCCAGUUGCUUUUUAUUAUAACUGUCAUGGCAGUUUGUCAAACAUAUGCUUAGGAAAGCAGUCAAUGAAGAACUACAAAAUCAAUAUCUUCAUUGACGGCUUUUUGUGAAUUCCCGUUAAGUUUGAAAAUCCACUGGUUUUAAUUUACAGUGCAGCGAAUUGAGGAGUACAGACUAUGGCUUCUGGCCUGUCUGCAAAACACACCGGAAUGACAUUGCUCAUAAUGUUUGUAUGUUCUUUUAAUUUUGGUCCAUUAGAUCUAACUGAAGGGGGCAAGAAGUGCUAUUGUUUUAUAGAGCUUUUAAUUUGCGAAUUUGAUAUAAUCAUGUACCUCAGUAUGUGAUAUUGUUUAUUUGUAAAUUUAAUUGUACAGAAUUUGCUAUUAUUUCUAAACUUUGAUUUGAUUCUUUAAUGAAAAGCUGGACUCCUGUACGAAAAUGCAAGAAAAAACAUCCAGUCUUAAUGAACAAAGUCCUUAGCAUUUUCAAGGAAUUACAGAAGUUGUUGAUUUUAAAUUGUGUUUUGUUAAUGUGUGUUUGAAAUGGGCACAACAUUUUUAAUGUUCUUGCAAACAUUAAAAGAAGAAUCGUGUUGCAGAAUAUAAUACAUGAACAUGAAAUUGGACUGUGAACAAUAAAAGGCAUAUUUUCAUUUUGCUACAAAUUAUCCAAUCUUAUCAAAAUCUUGCACAGAAUUUCUUUGAUUUUAUGCCUUUCAGUAAAUGCAUCCUAGCUAACCUAAUGCAUUUUGGCCUAUCAUUCCAGUUCUAGCACCAUUCAAUUUAUUUUCCUAUUAAACAAUUAAAGACUGAAAACUGUGUGUUGUUAUGCAACAAAGUCACAAUUUGUAGUAUUGUUACAUCAUAAGGUCAAACUCUGUAGAGGCUGCUGGAAAAGAAAACAGCGCAAAAUAUGCAGUAUAUGGUGAAUUUAUAUAGAGCCGGUGCUGUCGGCUCAUUUGAAUUAAGGUGAAUAAGACAUAUGGCAGGAAAAUGCUGUACGCUGAGGUUUGAUAAAAAAAUUGUUCCCUUGUUCAGCUUCCUCAGCCUUAUUAAUUUUUGUUUUGUUUGUUUUGGGUUUAACGCCGUUUUUCAACAGUAUUUCAGUUAUAUAACGGCGGGCAGUUAACCUAACCAGUGUUCCUGGAUUCUGUACCAGUACAAACCUGUUCUCCGCAAGUAACUGCCAACUUCCCCACAUGAAUCAGAGGUGGAGGACUAAUGAUUUCAGACACAAUGUCGUUUAUCAAAUAGUCACGGAGAACAUACGCCCCGCCCGAGGAUCGAACUCUCGACCCCGCGAUCCGUAGACCAACGCUCUUACCUACUGAGCUAAGCGGGCGGGCUUCAGCCUUAUUAAAGAAAGUUUUUAUGUUACUUGAGGAGACAAGUUGGUAACAGAAGGACUAUAGUCUGUUGUUACACAGCUUAAUUUAAAUGCUAAAUGUUAAUAUCACUAAAUCUAGACAUAUGCUAUCUUGAAAUAUUAUGUGAUAAGUAAAUCUACCAUAUAUUCAUAUACAGCCUGUCCCUGAUUAAUGAACUCCCCUACUACUUUUUAUGCAUAUAUAUGUAUAACAGUACAUUAAUGUUAAUUUAGGUCUCCAGCAGUAUGACAGCUAUAAUUGUUAAGAACCCUUCAUUAUUGAAUUUUUAUAGUUUAUAUUUACUAUAAAAAAAAAAUGAAAAAAAAACCCCCUCAUUUUUAGGGCCAUAAUACCCGCACCACACCUCCCUUAUGUGCAAAAUGUAAUGUUGUCUUCGGUAUUAAUAAGGGAAUAUAUGGUAGUACAGUAAAACCUGCUUUAGAGGUCACCUCUAUUAACCCUUGGCCUGCUGCAGGCGAAUUUAACAGCCUUUGCAAACAGCUUGGAACCAGAUCAGACGCCGAUUAAAUCGGCGUCUGAUCAGGUUCCAUGCUGUUUGCUACUCUGACAAUAUUUCUUCCAAUUUUGGAGCAAAUUGAAAGAACUUUACAAUUUUAGCAGAUGACAUUUCCAGCAGACGACAAUUUAUCUAGCAUGCUAAAGGUUAAGCAGCCAACCAUGUCUUAAGCACUCAGUGUCUCAUUUCCCAAAAUGGUCAUUUAUUCUAUGUAAUUACAUGCAUUAAGCAUCCACUUUUUAUACGCCCGUUUGAAAAACGGGACGUAUUAUGGGAACGCCCCUGGCGGGCGGCGUCCACAGACCUUGUCCGGAGCAUAUCUUCUACAUGCAUGAAGGGAUUUUGAUGAAACUUGGCACAGUUGUUCACCAUCAUGAGACGGAGUGUCAUGCGCAAGAACCAGGUCCCUAGGUCUAAGGUCAAGGUCACACUUAGAGGUCAAAGGUCAAAUUCAAGAAUGACUUUGUCCGGAGCAUAUCUUCUUCAUGCAUAGAGGGAUUUUGAUGAAAGUUGGCACAAUUGUUCAUCAUCAUGAGAAGGAGUGUCAUGCGCAAGAACCAGGUCCCUAGGUCUAAGGUCAAGGUCACACUUAGAGGUCAAAGGAUACAAGAAUGAAAACUUUGUCCGGAGCAUUUCUUCUUCAUGCAUAGAGGGAUUUUGAUAUAACUUGGCACAAAUGUUCACCACCAUGAGGCAGAGUGUCAUGCGCAAGAACCAGGUCUCUAGGUCUAAGGUCAAGGUCACACUUAGAGGUCAAAGGAUACAAGAAUGAAAACCUUGUCCGGAGCAUUUCUUCUUCAUGCAUAGAGGGAUUUUGAUAUAACUUGGCACAAAUGUUCACCACCACGAGACGUAGUGUCAUGCGCAAGAACCAGGUCCCUAGGUCUAAGGUCAAGGUCACACUUAGAGGCCAAAAGGUCAGAUACAAGAAUGACUUUGUCCGAAGCAUUUCUUCUUCAUGCAUGGAGGGAUUUUGAUGUAACUUGACACAAUUAUACAUCAUCAUGAGACGAAGUGUCAUGUGCAGUUCCCUUCUUUAGAAUUACUUCCCUUUGUUGUUACUAUAAAUAGCUUAUAUUGUAAGUUUUUCAUUACUAGUCGUAGGGAAAAAUCGAGACCACUUUUCUGUAGUACAACAUGCAUGCUACAUCCAAUUUUGAGGUGUAUUUUGACCAGUCUCUACCUGGUAAAGAUUUUUGUGAGGACUUACAUGUUUUUUGUUUGUUUUUUUUAAGAUUAACUUCCCUUAGUUGUUACUAUAAAUAACUUAUAUUGUAACUUUUUUAUAAUUGAGCGUAGGGAAAAACCAAGACCACUUUUCUGUGGUACAACAUAGAUGUUACUUUCCAAUUUUAGGUGUAUUUUAAGGUAUCUCUACCUGGUAAGGAGUUUUUUUGUGGACUAAGAAAAACAAAACACUUAGUUAUUACAAAAAUUACCACAAAAUUAAAAUUCCAUUUGCAAAUACAGGUGCUAGAGUAAAGAAAACGCUGUGACGGGCGUAUAUUGUGACAUUCUUGCACUCUUGUUCCCACUCCCUUGACUGGCUGCUUAUGACAGGUGUUACUGUAAUUAUUUUUUUCUCUGUUUUAAGUUUUGCAUGAAAACAAAAAAAAAACAAUUUACAAGUGUUUUAUUAUUAAUAUGAGACUUCUGGCCCCGUGUUCACAAAACGUUUUCAGUCUCAGCUGAGUUUGAUAAUGAAACUUUAUGUGUAAUUUAUAUCAAAAUAGUAUGCUUAAAACUUAAUUUUAGGCUCAAAAUUAUUUUCAAGUGGCAAUUCAGUAUUGAUGGUCUGUCUCAGAUGGAAUUUAACCUUGAAGUUUUAGUAAAAUUGAUAAUAAAAUAUCAAACUCAGCUGAGAUCGAAAAAUGUUUUGUGAACAGGGGGCCAGACUUUGAUAAAAACUGAUUAAGAGAUUAUGAGUGUGUAAUUUAUAGAAGUGAUCAUGAGUGUGUAAUUUAUGUAAGUAAAUUUUUACCAUGAAGGUAAAGUUUUGAUUACAGAAAUGGGCCAUCUUUGGAAUAUAUUAUCCUAAAUUGAAAGUUGCUGUCUGUUGAUGAUAAAGUGAAGAAAAAAACUAUUAUGAAGUGUAUGGAAAUAUUAGGUCUUUGUUAAAACACCAUAUUUUUAAUAUUUCAAGAAAAUUGUACAGUCAUCUGUUAAUAGAUCAUAACUGAUUGAAUAAAACAAUAUUUAUGUA